UGCCCCUCUCUCUCUCUCUACCAAUUAUACAAAUCACAAUUCACACAGAUUUACAGCAUCAAUUUUAUAUUUAUUUAUACUAAAUUAAAAUACAAGUACACGACGACAGAAUGAUAAAUUCAACUCACCCUCUUCUAUAAAGAAGCCUGCUUUUUAUUGGCUGCGGGUUUUCCGGCGACUCCCAAGAUUCCUCCCUCCCUCUCUCUCUCACCGCCUUGAUCCCGCCUGCUCCGCCGCCGCCCCACCCACGUGGCCGACACCUUUCCUUUCCAUUUUCAGUAAGCCUCUGUACGGAAGCUUGAUGGGCCAGCUCAUUUGCGGCUGCUCCCUCCAUUCAAGAUUGGAUUUUUGGAGCAUAGCCCCCUUUUGGGACCAAAAUGGUGUCUUUUCUUGAAGUAAAAAUGGAGUCUUUCUUGAAUGUGGAGGUGGAGGUGGAAUGGGAUUUUGGGGGUUUUUGAGUAUGCAUUGAGUUUGGAAGGAAUUUUUAUUUUUUGGGUGGAAGGAAGAAAGUAUUCUUUUUUGAGUGGAUAUAAUAGAAGUGAGGUGAGGUUUGGUUUGGUUUAUGAAGGAGGAAAGGAAAGGAGGUUGAAUUUGCUGAGUGUGUAGUUGAAUUUUUGCUGCAAUGAAGAUUCCUUCUAAUGGAUUUUUGGCAAAUACAGCUGAAGGCGAAAAAAAGGUGACAAACUCCGAGCUAUGGCAUGCUUGUGCUGGGCCGUUGGUUUCGUUGCCGCCUGUGGGGAGCCUUGUCGUCUAUUUUCCUCAAGGUCACAGUGAACAAGUGGCAGCAUCGAUGCAGAAAGAGGCCGAUGGCAUCCCAAGCUAUCCGAAUCUUCCUUCAAAGUUGAUCUGUAUGCUCCACAACGUCACCCUACAUGCUGAUGCUGAAACAGAUGAGGUCUACGCGCAGAUGACUCUUCUGCCCGUCACUAAGUAUGAUCAGGAAGCGUUGCUCGUGUCUGAUAUUGGCCUUAAGCACAACAGACAACCAACUGAGUUUUUCUGUAAAACUCUCACGGCUAGUGACACGAGCACUCACGGUGGCUUUUCAGUCCCUCGUCGUGCAGCUGAGAAGAUCUUCCCACCUCUGGAUUUCUCGAUGCAACCUCCCGCCCAGGAGCUAACGGCGAAAGACUUGCAUGACCAGACAUGGACAUUCAGACAUAUUUAUAGAGGCCAGCCGAAAAGGCACCUACUGACAACAGGUUGGAGUGUGUUUGUGAGUUCUAAAAGACUCGUAACUGGUGAUGCCGUCCUUUUCAUAAGGGAUGAAAAGUCACAGCUUCUCCUUGGCAUACGAAGAGCAAAUAGGCAGCAGCCGGCUCUAUCCUCGUCUGUUAUCUCAAGCGACAGCAUGCAUAUUGGAAUUCUUGCUGCUGCAGCUCACGCUGCUGCGAACAACAGCCCUUUCACCAUAUUCUACAAUCCAAGGGCUAGCACUUCGGAGUUUGUGAUUCCGCUUGCCAAGUAUAACAAGGCAAUGUACACACAAGUGUCGUUGGGGAUGCGAUUCAGGAUGAUGUUUGAGACCGAGGAAUCCGGAGUGAGGAGGUACAUGGGCACGGUGACCGGUAUGAGUGAUUUGGAUCCCGUUCGAUGGAAGAACUCACAAUGGCGUAAUCUACAGGUCGGAUGGGACGAAUCAACGGCUGGGGAACGUCCUAGCAGAGUCUCGAUUUGGGAUAUUGAGCCUGUUGUGACUCCCUUUUACAUAUGCCCUCCUCCAUUUUACAGACCAAAGCUAGCCAGACAUCCCGGCUUCCCAGAUGAUUCUGAUGUAGAGAAUAUGUUCAAACGAGGCAUGCCGUGGCUGGCAGAUGAUUUCGGGUUGAAGGAUGCUUCGAGCUCGAUUUUUCCCGGCCUGAGCCUCGUGCAGUGGAUGAACAUGCAGCAGAACAAUCAGCUGUCGGCUAAUCAGUCGGGGUUGUAUCCAAACAUGGUGACGCCCGGUGCUCUGCAGGGCAACCUCGGCAGUGAUGAUCCGUCGAAACUGCUGAACUUCCGAUCCCCUGGUGUGGCUGCGCAGAAUCUUCAAAUGAGCAAAGGAAACCAUCAGAAUCAGCAAGCUAACCAGCUGCUGCAGUCGAACGCACCGUGGUCUCAGCAGCAGAUGUUGCAGUCUCCGACACCUGCUCAACAGCCGCAGCAGCUUCCGAUGCAGCAAAUGCAAUCCCAGAUGCUUCAGCCGACACAACAGCAGCAGUUACUGCAGCAAACACAACAGCAUCAGCAUCAGCAGUCGCAGUCGCAGUCGAUGUUAAUGCCUCCUGCAAUGAGCAGCAUGUCGUCCGAGCAGCAGGCUGCAAGCCGGAAUUUGCAGCAAACAGCAGCAUACUCCCAACUCCAGCACCAGCAACAGAUGCAGCAGCAGCAGCAUCAUGAUGUCUCGUCUAGCAGAACAACAUUUCCCGCGACGUCUCUAACUCAAGACUUGCCUUUCCAGCCACAUGUCGAACAGCCUUCAACGCUGCUGCAGAGAUCCCAAGAGCAGCACCAGAUGCAGUUUCAACAAGGAACGUUGCACGGGAUUCCGCAGAACUUAUCCCAACGGCCCGUAAUGCAACAGACGACGCCACAGCAUCAGAAUCUUUCCGACCAACAGUUGCAAAUGCAGUUUCUCCAGAAACUGCAGCAGCAGCAGCAACAACAGCAACAGCAGCAAAUGUCCGGUCCAUUAAAUCCGAUGAUGGAGCCGCAGAUGCCUCAGAAACAGCAAGUUCAGCAAAGCCAGCAAACACAACAUCUCUCUGCACCUAUGCAACAACAAUCGAACGGGAACUGCUUUUCCGCAUCCACACUCCUGCAGUCUCCGCAGUUUCAGACGAACCAAUUUCAUAUCCAGCAAAAGACUCCUCCCUUAGCCCGACAACAGUCGAGCCACACUGACGGCGAUGCUCCAUCGUGCUCAACGUCGCCUUCCAAGAUGAACGCACACGGCCUGCAACCAAGCUUCGCGAAGAGCCAAACAGGACAACCCGGGAUGAUAGAUAACACAAUUGUUCAUCCUUCUAACUUGGUGCAGGAGAGUCAUAACAAACUAGACCCUCGGAUAAAGCACGAAUCAGCCAACUCCAAAGCUCCGGAGCAGCAGCCCAAGUUCAAGAUAAACGCUGCUGAUCACAUGGAUGCCACCUCGUCUGCCACCUCGUAUUGCCUAGAUGCCGGCGCUCUCCAACAGAGUUUCCCACUGACGGGAUUGGAUGGCGAUGUCAAGUCACAUACUAGAAACGGGCUGCCCUUCGCGGCUGCCAUAGAUGGUUUGGCGCCCGAUGCUUUGCUGUCUCGGGGUUUUGACUCUGAUAAGGACAUCCAGAACUUACUCUCUAAUUACAGUGGCACACCGAGGGAUAUUGAGACGGAUUUGUCCUCUGGAAUCAAUUCUCAGUCGUUCGGAGUGCCUAAUAUGUCCUUCAAACCAGGCUCUUCAAACGAUGCCGCUCUAAACGAGACGGGGGUUAUGAACGGUGGGUUGUGGCCCAACCAGGCUCAGCGUAUGCGAACAUAUACAAAGGUUCAAAAACGUGGCUCGGUGGGGAGAACCAUAGAUGUCAAUCGUUACAAAGGGUACGAUGAGCUAAGGAAUGAUCUUGCUCGGAUGUUUGGCAUCGAGGGUCUUCUGGAGGACCCUCAACGCACCGAGUGGAAGCUCGUCUACGUAGACCAUGAAAACGACAUACUAUUAGUCGGAGAUGAUCCUUGGGAGGAAUUCGUGAGCUGUGUGCAGAGCAUAAAGAUACUUUCAGCUGCAGAGGUGCAGCAGAUGAGCUUGGAUGGAGAUCUAGCUCAGCUGCCCGUGGCAAACCAAGCUUGUAGCGGGACAGAUAGUGGCAACGUAUGGAGGGCGCACUACGACGAUAACUCAGCCACGUCGUUCAACCGGUAAAUGUAAUGCUUGUAGUAGGUGUCACCAAUUGACUUCAUCUUGACUGCGACUAAGAGAAGGUUGUAAAUGAUGAGAAGGGGUGAUGAUUGGUGUAAAUUUGAGGUGUUUAGUGUUAGGGUAGAGGAAAGAUUUGAGACAUAGGUUAAUGAAUUGUUUGUGUUGUUUGUGGAAGACAAAACUUCUUCCCAUUAACGUUGUAUAGCUUCAUGGACUGAGUUUAUUGCUCACAUAUUAGAAUACCACUGUUUUAUACA